AUGGAGAUCCCAAUCUUUUUCAAGGAGUUGAAGAAGCUAUGGGACAACGAGUCCUCUAAUCUUCCAUGGAGAAAAGGGCAAUAUUCUUCAUCAAACACAAUACUGAUUGAUGAUAAACCUUACAAGGCACUUCUAAAUCCUCCUUCCACGGCAAUAUUUCCCACCGAAUACAAGCCGGACCAACUGGAUGAUGCUACUUUAGGUCCAAAUGGUGAGCUCCGACUGUACUUGGAUGGCCUGGCAAGAGCAGCAGAUUUCCCUGCAUAUGUGAAGGAACACCCUUUUGGACAGUCUGCUAUAACAGCUAUCCAUCCUGACUGGGAUUUCUACUCCAACAUCAUUGACAGUUCCCAGUUUAAUUAAUUAUAGAAUUUGGCAG